CAAAACUCUCGAAAAUGUCAGUGCUGGCGAUUAGGCACCGAGGUUAUUUACAAAUUCAAUAAUGGAAGAGGGUGGAGGGGACUUUGGGACGUCUGAAACUGUUUGAGAGUUUCGUGGGAGCCGGCGACUGGUAAGUUUCCCAUGCGGUGCAUAUUACGCUCGAGUUAACAGAAAUUGUGGUGAGUCUCAAGCAUGCCUAGGGGAUGAAAAAACAGCGUCACUCCGGCAUUAUGUCAAGUAGAAUAAUUUUGCCAGCAUUGUUAAAAAAAUUGACUCAAGUUGCUGGAAAGAGAGUGGUAAUUCAUUGUACGAGGCAAGUGCUAUGGAAUGAAUGUCUUCAGGUGCCUCUGACAAUUUAAACAAAUUUUCAUCUUCUAAUGGGAUUAUUUAUGCUGAUAAACUCACCCUAAUGCACACGUUCACCCAAUAAAAACAAAUAUUUCAUCACCAGUAUUAUUUCUGUAUUUUGUUAUAAUGUUCUUCUGAACUGGUUAUUGAAUUUCUUAUAUUUUCCAUUUAUACUCCUCUUUUACGUAAUUAUUUUCACGAAGAAAAAAUUUCUUACGGCAACAUCUGAAUUCGAACAAUCGCUUUUCAAAAUCUUAACUAUUUUCCAGCUUUCCGAAGGUUUUUCCCAACGUUAAAAAUUUUUAUUUCAUCACCAUUAAUAAAACUUAAUGGGAGGUGUAAAUGUGUGUGAAUAGUGGAAGCCUGAGCUUACUGGAAGCUCGUGACGGCAUAAAUUAGCCGAGUCAUUACACCCUCUUUCAUUUCUACGACUUUAGGCCCGUCCCAAGGACAACUGAAGCCAUUUCCCUUCCACCUUCUGUGAGACAUAAAAUUGAACUCAAUUCUGUUCUCCUGGAGACUUUAAUCUCCCGAAAGUUGUUGGGGUAUUUAGGGAGAUGAAGUUCAUGCACUUUCCAAAGGAAAUUCCUAACUUUCCUCCCGCAAAUUGAGAGCUUUCGGCUUUUAGCUUUACUCUCAUAACAGGAGUUUAAUCGUUUGGACCCACCAUUGGAAGAUUAUUUCAAUAUUUUCGUUUUAUUUGAUUGUUUGAGUUCAUCAUUAAGAGAGUGAAGGUAAACACCGAUGGAGUACCUGCACUUGAACUUGGGUGAGGGAAGGGGAAGUGAAUUUAUUCAAGUUUUAAUCUGAGUAAUUGCAGUGGGGGAGAACGAGAGUUGGAAAUGUGCCAGGGAAUAUUAAACGGUGAUUGGUCUCGUUGUGGAAUGGGAAGAAUUCUGAAUAAUCAUCUUCUUCAUUGAAAGUUCCACAUUCUUGGGCAAUUAUUGAAAUAGAGCGUGCGGAAAAGAGUUCGGAAAAUUGUUCACCUCCUGAGCUGGGGAAAUUAAGUUCUUUUCCUCAAGAAAAUAUUCCUAAUUUCCAUUUAAUGGUCAUUAAAUUCGUAAGUUUUUAUCAUCCAACUAAGAAUGAAUGUCUCGUUGCACUUUCCUCAGCCCCGGGUAAAUCGAUAACCCCAGGGAAAUAGUACAAAGGGAUAUUGAGAGAGUGGAAGGUUCAAUUUUCGUAUUUUCAGAGGGAAAAAAGGACCUUCUCAAAAAAAUAUUUCUCAUUUCUGAAUAUAAUUUCCGGAUUACGGAAUGCAAUUUCCGGAUCGCGGAAUACACAUAUUUCUGAUUCCGGAAUUAUAAAGACUCGAAAUGAGAUUUUUUCCGUGAGAGAUUUGUAAUUUUGGGCUUCAGUGAAAGCAUUUCCAUUAAUUUCGUAUUUUUCCGGAAUGAUUUCUCGAAAUGUUUAAAGCCUAAUUCCAUUUUUUUGGACGAUCGUAAAAAUGACUGAUAUUACAUUGCACCUCGCAUGAGGUGACAUGUGCGAUGGUCAUUAUCGAGGUGUGGGACAUGAUCUAACUUGAAAUUUCUAGCACUAACUCUAACUUCUAAAUACAACUUCCCCUUAACUCUAACUUCAACUGCUAGGUUCAACGUCUAACUGUCACAUCCAACUGUAAUUUCUAAUUUGGAACUACUCACGUCUCAUUUGAAUCCAAUAACUCCGACAUUUCAAAGCCUGAGAAUAAUUAUCUUAUCAUAAAAGAGAAUUUGUCGAAAAAGAAUUGAUUUUUGUCGCAUAUUUUCUCGUCAGUGUAAAACUCCGAUUAGAUAUCUCCAUCCAUCCCAUUAUUUUCCAGUAUCUCCCAUAAGUACUGACAGAUUUAUGCAAAUCACGGACAUUAUUGUCCCCGCAUACCUAUCCGUUUCUACUUCAAAAUGUCUUCAAGAACAUUAGCUUUGAAAUUUCAAGCGUAAUUUCCUUUUCGUGCAACAACUGCUGCCAGUUUGCUGGAGAUCUCAGCAUACCCUCUGGAAAUGAUUUUUACCCCUCGACGUGAGGUUUCCGCAUCGUUUCACGAAACUUUAAAUCACCCGCGUCGUGUCCUCCUCUGGUAAUAAUGAAAACAGACUGUCCUAUAUGUAAGUGGAAACGUCUCUAGUAGUUUACAAUGGCAGCAAGAAAUACAUUGAAAUAACAGGGAUUGGGGAGAUGCCCUUCGUCGUCUUGUUUGCUUGGAUUACCUUGAGACAGUGAAAUUUGGACGAAUUGAAGCAGCUUCGGUCGCCAGAAUUUCUGGGUCAACAACAGUUGCCGGUUGUCUGCAAAAAUAUCCCAUACAGCAGAGGGAAAAAUUAGUUCUAGAAGAGAAUUAUUUAUUGCACGUGGAAAAUAUAUUGAUGCAGACGUUUUUGUUAUCAUUUCUGAAGAAGUUAUUUUAGUCACCCAAACUGAUUUUAUCAUGUAGAUUGAAAAUUUUCUUUUGCAUAGCAGAGUUUAGAAAAUCGAUAAUUUAUAUUAACAUUUGAAUCAAUAUUUUAACGUUAACAAUAUUUUAUCCAAAAAUACAAAUUAAUUCACAGAAAACAAAUUUAUCAGAAAAUAUAAUAAUAAUAAAAAACUUAGAAGUGAAAUUCCCAUUACUGAAGUCAUUUAAAUUGUCAGAGUGCAAUUACGCACCAUUCAGAUGAUUAAAUAAUUGUAAAAUAUAAAUACAAUUAUUUAAAAAAUUAAUCUUGGUACCAAUCAUCGGUGAUUGGAUGCAGCAAUGAGCGUGAUCUUAUUAUUCCUUUUCUCAUUCUCAAGUGCUCUAUUUCUUCUAUUGGUGGAUCAUUUUGUAUUAAACAACAAAAGUAAUUUGGGUGAUUACAAUGGGAGUUUCGGAACAAGACUAAAAGCUCGAAGACGAGCAAAAGUUUUCUCCAUUCUUGGAGUGAGUGUCGGAUGCUGAUCGACCUAUAGUAGACUGAAACAGAAAAUCGUAUUUCAAUGGAAGAAAACUCUUUAUUGCUCAUUCUUUCGAUGCAUUCCAAUAGUACACGUUGUCUUGGGAUAUCUGGCAGUUUUUUUUAAGCUGCUUUAAGAAUUCCCUAUCGAAGCUCACACAUUUCGUAUGAAACUUCGCAGAAUUUUCCGGAAAAUCAAUAAUAGAACUGCCCUAAAAAUUCCCCAAAAAUAUAAUACUUCAAAACCAAAGAUUCGUUCCCAAAAAAACCUACAAAAUGAACUUGAACGUUCUAUUUUAUCAAAAUUCCGUGAGUUUCACAUAACUCAACUCUACCAUUAACUAACAAUUCCCCUCCAUAUGGUAAUUCUUCUCUAAAUGGCACACCACUACAGAAUUACCAAACUUUCUCAGUAAUUUUGUCCAACCUCAUCCCCCUCCCCCCCACCCGUUCAAUCAAACUAAUUCCCAGCGGUCGUCUCCCCAAAAUUCCGAAUGAUCACAGAAAAACUCCACCUAUACCAUUCCCCCAACCCACCCACCGGUCGCAAAAAAUAUUCACCACUCAAAACAACCCCCUCCCCCACAUUCCAGCAAACUCCCUAAUUCCCCCGAACCCCGUAAAUGUCUUCUAUAAAAUCGAUCUCCCCAUGAAUAACACUCCCAUCGCAAGCUCUCCCAUACCCCCUCCCUGAUUCCCACCAAAAGUGAUUUUUCUCUGAAUGCAAAACCCCACUGCAUUCCUGAAAAAAGCCUUCUCUCUUCAUUUACAUCGAAACCUUUUAAAUGCCACGUGAAAUAUACCUCACUGCCCCGUUUUAUGCGCUUUGACCGUACCAAUAGAUUGUCUCUUUACUCCACAUGUUUUCAUUGGCACCCGAGUGCUAUCCACAGGAGUCUGUGAUAGUGUAUUUCCUCCCGCAAUACAUCAACCCAUCCAAAAUAUAAAAUGUUAAAGAAUCACCAGUGAUGUAUUUUGUGGUGUCCUCUGUCUGAGUGUCAGUCUCGAACUAUUCCCAGGUCAGCUAUUACCUCUGUUUCGAAAAUAUACACCAACACUAACCGCCCACUUGGAACUUAAAUAAUUCAGGAGCGUGUGGUUACCAGAGUGAAUCCCUCUCAGUGCUGAUCAAUGCAAUUGUGUAUUUUUGGUCGAAUAACAUCAACCAAAUGAUCAUCAAUAAUUCAUAGACAAGAGCAGCAUCAAAUCACCUCGAUCGCACCAUAAUUUGAUGUUCAAUGGACAUUGAAAAUGGUUUAUGACCAUGUUAUUUUUAAUAAUUCACGUUGACGUCGGGAGUUUAUUUUAAUAGAUACAUUUCUGAGUCUCAAAUGAGCGUCAAGCGCCAACUUCUACUUUGACGAUGGUACAUUUCGUUGGUCCCAGUUUAAUUUUGUUUCUCUGAAUAAAAAGAAACCUGGGUUAUUAUCGAGUUUAUCGUUGGUUGCGAUGUCGAUGGAUUAUCUUGAAAAUCAAUAGACCAACUGUCUUCCUUCAGGUGCCUCACGGUGGGUCUGAUUGAGGUGAGGUAUACGGAUAUUCAGGUGGGUUGAUUGGGCUGUCAGUUGACAACAGCGAGGCGACAGUGUUUCGGAGGGAGGUUGACUCAUUUGAUUUUUCCUUGUGGGGAGACAGUUUUGAUGGAUCCGGAAUUUUCGGACAAUUGUGCUGGAGAAAAAUGAUGAUUGGUCACCAGGUGGAUGACGAUGUUGGUGACAAGUUAGAGGACAUGCCUCGGGUUGUGGUGUCAUUGUCAAUCAGGACAGUUUAUCACACGUUGUGGUGAUUUUGGUGAUGGUACGAUGGUGUGAUAGUGAUAAUUCAGUUGUGUCAAUUAACACUUUUGUGGUUAACCAGAGGGUUGAUUGGGUUGUGGUGUCAUUGACAGAUUCUGAUUGAUUGGUCGCAAAUCGACGAUGCAUGCUGGUAUGAGAAGUGCGUUUGUUGGUGCCAGUAGGAGUACAGCGAUUAACACCCGAAGGUAUGAAACAGUUAUUGAAGAGACGGCGAAAGUGUUUUGCAAUCAUCGAGUUGAAUGGGUGGGCCGGGCACCGAGCGGGCAACGAGGCACAAGCUGAACGGGGUUCAACACAACGUCGGUCACGGGGAUCAUCUCCUCGUUAUCGGCGAACAACCCGCUGGUGCCUGUCGUUGUUAUCAAUCAAAUAAUCAACCAAACGACAUCGUUAAUCUACCAAAUAUAUACCUCAAUAUACCGCACAGCGUAACCGGAAGUAUCAGCAGUUUGACACUCGAUACAAUUAACAAUAAUCAUCAGGAGUACAAGACAUCGAAAGUUGAUACUAACGACAGUGCUAAGACAACAAUGUCAUCACCACCAAAGCACAGACGUGGCUUUGAUCCAAGUGAUACAACCGGAGGCGGUGAUUAUCGGCGUUAUCGUCGCGUCAAAACGCGGAAAUCGCUGCCGAAACUCACUGGCCCAGACGAGGAAGGGCCAAACCCUCACACCCAAUACACAGGCGUCUCACAGUUCGAGCCAAUACCACACGAUCAUGACUUCUGUGAAAGGGUCGUCAUCAACGUGAGCGGGUUACGGUUUGAGACACAGCUGCGUACGCUGAACCAGUUUCCGGACACGCUGCUUGGCGAUCCGGCAAGACGGAUACGUUACUUUGAUCCGUUACGCAACGAAUACUUUUUCGAUAGGAAUCGGCCCUCAUUCGAUGCAAUUCUGUAUUACUAUCAGAGUGGUGGACGUCUACGACGACCAGUUAAUGUUCCCCUCGAUGUCUUCUCCGAAGAGAUCAAGUUUUACGAGCUGGGCGAAUUGGCAACCAACAAAUUCAGGGAGGACGAGGGAUUUAUCAAAGAGGAGGAGAAGCCACUGCCGUCGCACGAGCUUCAGCGAAAAGUUUGGUUACUAUUUGAGUAUCCGGAGAGCUCACAAGGAGCAAGAGUCGUUGCUAUUAUCUCCGUAUUCGUGAUCCUAUUAUCAAUCGUAAUAUUCUGUCUUGAAACAUUACCCGAGUUUAAGCAUUAUAAAAUAUUCAACACUACGACAAAUGGCACAAAAAUUGAAGAGGACGAAGUGCCGGAUAUUACGGAUCCGUUCUUCCUAAUAGAGACUAUUUGUAUCAUCUGGUUCACGUUUGAGUUAACGGUGCGCUUCCUCGCCUGCCCAAAUAAACUUAAUUUCUUCCGUGACCUUAUGAAUGUCAUCGACAUCAUCGCGAUCAUUCCUUAUUUCAUCACACUUGGUACGGUUAUUGCCGGAAAGGAGCAUGAGAUGAAUUUGCCAAAGGCACCAGUCAGUCCACAGGACAAAAGCACCAAUCAGGCAAUGUCCCUUGCGAUACUUAGGGUCAUAAGGCUUGUGAGGGUAUUUCGAAUAUUUAAAUUAUCGAGGCAUAGUAAAGGGCUUCAGAUACUUGGGCGAACGUUGAAGGCCUCCAUGCGUGAGCUCGGUCUCCUCAUCUUUUUCCUCUUCAUCGGUGUGGUGCUAUUCUCCUCGGCAGUAUACUUCGCGGAGGCCGGCUCCGAGAAUUCGUUCUUCAAGUCCAUUCCGGACGCGUUCUGGUGGGCCGUUGUCACGAUGACUACCGUGGGCUAUGGUGACAUGACGCCCGUCGGUGUGUGGGGGAAAAUCGUUGGAUCACUUUGCGCUAUUGCUGGUGUCCUGACGAUUGCCUUACCAGUGCCAGUUAUCGUCUCAAAUUUCAAUUACUUCUAUCACCGUGAGACUGACCAGGAAGAGAUGCAGUCGCAGAACUUCAAUCAUGUGACCAGCUGUCCGUAUCUCCCUGGCACAAUAGGUCAACACAAAAAGAGCUCGAUGUCGGAGUCGUCGUCAAUAAUUGAGCUUGAGGAUGGUAUUUUGUUAACCCAGCAGGAUGUUGCUAAAAAGCCAAACUGCAAUAAUCCCCGUUACAAUAACAACAUUGCAAGCAUUGAGACUGACGUCUGACUACUAGUGAAGGAGACGGUGGCAGCGUGGCGGCCAUUGAAGAAACACAUAAUGAAGAGCAUCAGCUCCCUCCGGUACCUGACAUAAGGUUCGUCCCAAUGGCACUGCGAGAGUGACUACGACGAUAAAGAUAAUAAGAACCAGAACCACACGUCCAGCAAUUACUAUCCACAAAUAACACAAACAUAGCCAGUUUGUGUUACCCAAAAAAUAUAAAUAAACGUCGUGGUACAAUCUACACCCUUCGAAUGCAGCUCGAUGUUAUCUUGCAAUUGCCGAAAGCAAUUCGCAGAUGCCAUUUUGCACACCGAAUUGUGCACAAUCGAGAUACAUUGAGGGACCGAUAACUGAUGAUUAACAUACUUUUGGUACCAAAAAAAUCAAUCAAUCCAACGUAGGGAAUGAAAAUAAUGAACGAAUGAGGAAUAAUCCUUGUGGAUGCACAUUGUUAUACAGUGUGCAAUAAGCAUGCCAAUUGCUGUUUUCUCGCCCCACCACCACCGACUCCAGUGUUCAAAAUAUCUAAUCUCCGUUAGCGCCGUAAAAAAAAAAAAUUCCCAUCGACGAAUUAAAGAGUUCAGGACUGAGAGAAGUGCGAGGACAAAAUUGAGAGAAGACGAUGAACGACUUGAUGAGGAAAUUUUACAUGAAGAAGUCACGACAAGAGGAGUGAGGGAAAUCUAGAGAAAUUAUUUAAUAAUAAGGUCAAUAAAAGAGUGGGAAAGAGGGUUGAGAGAGUGAGGGGAAGGGGGGGGGGAUAAAUGGGGGCAGGUGGGAGCCCCGGCGGGCCGCGAGGAUCAUACAAGAUAAUACUCAUUAUUAUAAUUAAUAAUUAAUGAAAAAUAACAAAACAAAACGAUUAUAUAAGGACGAAAUAAAAAAAAAUGUUUUACGAAACGAUAUAAAACAAAAUACCAAAGACUACAGAGGCAAGGAAGGGCGGCGCCUUGCAGCGGUGAUGAAGGAUGAAAUAUGUAAAAUUAUAAGCGUACUAAUGAAGUUUAAAAUUAAAUGAAAAACAAUUUUUUUAUCGGUCGUUUUUACGAGAAAAACAAAAAUAGACGCUUCGGCGCGUCUUAAAUGUCGAAUUAAGUCCUGCAUAUAUAUAAAUAUACGUGAAGAAAGGGUAUAUUCAUAUAUAUAUCUAUGUAUAAUUUAUUGGAUGUGCGUGUAUGUAUGUUUUGUUUAAUUUAAAUAUGAAUGAAUAAUCAGAUGAUACUGAAGUGGGAAUUACAUGCGCGCACAACCAUGGACAGUGGGGCCGCGGCUCGAGGAUGGUACCGUGGUAAUAUAUAUAAGAAUUUAUUAAAAAAUGGAAAUAGCAAGUUGAUACAAAAAAAAAUCACAAAUCCAUGUAAAAAUACCAAAAAAACAUGUGAGAAGAGGUCUUGUCGUUAAAUUUACUUUGUUUACUUACUUUUUCAUCGAGAGCACCUGAACUCAUUCCCGCGGGCGUCGCCGUACGUUGUACCGAGGGUGGAAGCUUUAAAAAAAUAUUUAAGUAUCAGUUCAUCAUGUGCUCUGGAGAAAAAAAAUUAUUUAAGUCACGGAUGGAUAUUAAUGACAGAAGAAAAUACUUUUUUGUUGACUGAUAUAAUUAUUAUCCUGUGUAGGGCCUUGAUAAAAAAAUCCUUUUUGUAUUUUCCAAUUUAUUUCCAAAUCUUUCAAAAUAAUUGUAAAUGUUGAUGAUUUUUAUUGAAUAACUAUUCAAGGACAUUUUUUUAAUGAUGAUUUUAUAGUUUAAUGUCAUUUUCUGGGAGUAACUGGCCUGAAGAUAUACACUCAAAAAAAUAUUUUCGUCUGUGAAUACUGCAAAAAAACGUGAUGAUCGCAGAAAUAAUUGACUACAUGGAUUUCAUUCGGAUGCAAAAUAUAAAAUAUCAUGUUCUUGGCAAAAAUAAUUUUUUUUUCUCAGUGUGACGAUCGGUUUCGUGGGCGCAGGAAGAGCACUUUGUGAGGCUACAAUAUAUGGGUGAAAUGGUGGGGUCAGGAGUCAUGAUAGUGACGUGAGAUAGGUACGGGUUACACGAAUCGGUUUAAAAAAACAGAAUGGAAAAUGCCGCAUGAUGUGUACGUGACUGUGCACUGUGUCCCAUCCUCUAUUCCGUAUGUCCCGGUGUUCCCUUGCGCGCAUUCCAGUUUCAAUUUUUUGAGCCUCUGACAUCCGACGAUGUCAGGGAAGGAUGACGGCACUAUUACUUUUGGAAUGUUGAAUUUUUUUCGCGAUGUCAAAAAGGUUUCCGCAUAAAUUUGUUUAAAGAAAAUGGAGAAAAGUUAUUUUCACGUAUGAGGAAUUUUAAUGUAAACAUCUGGAGAAUUCGGAAAUUUCAAUGAAUACGGAAUAUCUACGAUUCUUUUUACGGAAAUUUCAGGACUUUUUCAUCAGAAAAAAGUUCGGUAAUUUCCCCCGAUUUUCUCGCCAUGCAAAAGCGGUAAAAAUUUACCAGAAAUUUACGGAAAUUGUCCAACAAAUUCACUACAUUUUUACAUUGAACAGUUUCUUGCGUGAUUCGAAGAAAUUAAUCGUCCUAUCUCUGAAAAUAUUGGGGCUAAACGAGUCGUCUUCCCUGUCCUUUUAAUCGCAUAAUUAUCAAGAUUAAAUUUCCAACCCCCCACCAGAUUUCCCCUCCUAAAAUCUAAAAAUAAUUCUGAGAUCGCUUUUCAGAAUCGUUGAUAAUAAUAUCGUUUACCCGGAAAUAUCGUCCUCUCCACAACUUUGUUAUACAUUUUUCUCGUCCUCUCGUCCCGUCAAUUACGAAAUUCCCCUUCGCAUAAAUUAGGAAAAGCAAUUUGAUUCCAAAAAAACGUCAGUGAACAGAAGACCUAGUAACUGGAACUGGCGCGCGAGUAACCAUAAUGAAAUCUUCACUUAAUUUUUCAUCAAAGGCCCAUUCUUUCAGGCAAAGAAAGGGUUCAAGUGAGAAUUUGAAAUUAAAAACGCAAAGCGUAGCCAAUCCUUCCUGCCGAUUCCAUAUUGUACCAGCUAGCGUCUACUUUUCAAAAAUGAAAAAAAAACUGUAAUUACUCUACUUAGCCGUAAAAAUGAUAUUUCACCGUCUGUGUAAACAAACGUAUUGUACAGUAUGCUUUUUUUUUCUUCCAGCGAGUCUGGUGACUGCCUAUCCUACUUCUCAUAGUUAUUUAAUUGACGAAAAAUUUUAAAAUGAUUAGACGAGAAAAUUCUCGAUGCCCGGCUUUAUCGGGAUAUCCGCCAUUGUGAAAGAAAAAAAAAAUUAUCCAUCCAUAUACCGUCACACUGGUUGAGAGGUCUAAAAUUUGGAACACGUGUUCACUGUAAAGAAAAAAGCAAUUGAAUUUUUCUCACAAUUUUUAUGUUUUGUUAUAAAUUUAUAUUUGUCUUCAGCGAUGGACAAAUUUUUAUGAGUAAAAGCUCGACAAUUAUUUUAUAAAACAGGGUGAAAGUGCACUAGCUUAAAUUUUUUCCAAAUUAGAAUAAUUAUGUUAAUUACGUGAAAAUUUGAUCUGAGCGAUGAGAGUGAGGAAUGACCAGUUGAUCAUUAUUUAAGAAGACCUCUUGCCGUCCCACUUGAUCUCCCAAAAAAAUUUUUUAAAUCAAGAAAUAAAAAUACCCUCAGCCACGAGCGAGAGAAAUUCAAAACCAUUUUAUUGAUGAACAAGUCUGGCAAAAAAUGUCCCGAUCAAAUUCCUAGGUUAUACGUUGAAACAAGCCCUAGAUGUAAAUUUGCAUUAAUAGCCGUAAUGGUUAGGCUAGAGUAAUAGAAACAAUUCUUGGAAAUAAAUUAUUAUUAAGAAUGAGAAUACAUGAUCAUUACGACGCGAAGUUGUCAUUAUAUCAUUACGGUUAAAUAUCAUUAGAGUGCAAAAAUUUCAUGAUCUGUUUUCAUUUAUUUACUGUUGUUGACGAGUUACGUUUCAAUCAGAGUGAUUACUAGAGAAUUGAUAACGGGGCUAGAUAAGUCAGAGCUUGAGGCGAAAUUAAUCUACUUUUCGGUAAAUAGGAGCGAUGGAAGUGUCAAUGACACGUCAAUACAUAAAAAGAUUCAUGAUUCACGGGAAGCCGGAGUUGGUUCUGAUGAUUGUCUGCUCGUCAAAUCAAAUUGUCGUGCGAAAAUAGGUCUAGAGUCGUCAUCUACUCCAUUCAAGUCCCAAUACAACUUGAAUCAAUUGUUUCCCUACUUGAUUCACAUAAGUAUCUCGUCUGAGUCAAGUUGCUUUGGUACCACAUGAUAAACAUGACGCAAAACUCUGCAGUCAAGUCGGAAAAUUACUUGACUGGCGUGAAAAUAGAGUUUGAAUAAUACCCAGUGCGACAUGAGUCAAGCUGCGAAAUCGAAUCAUGAAUAUAAUGAGGUUUGAAUCAAGUAGAUUAAGACUUGGAUCGAGCCUUGAAUCAAACUUGAAUCAAGUCGCUGUGUCAUUUUGUAUUCUUUCGAGUGCGACAGCAUUAUAACCUGCGACUGCGGUAAAGUCAGUCGCUUCCGUACUUUAUCCAAUCCUAGCCAUAUCAAAUCGUGGUCGUCGACUUGAAUCAUGACUCUUUUUUUUGCGACGGAAAAAAAAUACAAGAGCCGUGAUGGGACUUCAGAUCUGUGAGACGGAACAAGAAAGUCGCACACAUCAUACACUCACGUUAUAUCAUUACGAACCGCAAUAAUAAAUGAUAAAACAUGAACGGACAAACUUAAGAGGCAUUGACGGAGGCGCGAAAAUAUUCUAUUAAAAAUUAUCCAUCAUAAACUAAAACGAGAAAAUUCAAUUCCUUAUAAAUUUUUCAUUCUCAAUGAAAUCGUCAUUUUCCCAUCGCCUAAGCAUAGGAGUAAAUUUUAUCAAAACCAUUCAAUUUUAAUAGUAAAGAGAGAGAUAAAAAAUUAAAUAAAUAAUGACUUUAGAGAUGAUGAGAGAGAGCAAUAAUUACACAAUUUACGUUACAAUGCUUUUAAUACAAAUGAUGAAAAAUAUUUGAAUUUCUCGCCUUGCUGAUUUAGUGGAAAGUACGAUGCGAAAAGAAACAGUUUAGCUUAUUUAAUGAUGAACAAUUGAUGAAACAAACUAUUCUAUAAAAAUGAUAAAAUUUACUACUGCUACUAUACUAUUAUACUACUGCGAAACUUAUUAAUAUUAACUGUAACCAUCUAACGAGGUGAAAAUUAUGGUUAAAUCAAUACAUACCAAACUACUCUGAUAGACAGUGUGGUACUAGAAUACACAAACACGUGAAGAAUAGUCGAGUAUUAAAUAGUCGUGUAAUUACAUGGAAUAUUAAAACCAUUUUGUGACGAUUGAAGAGAGAGCAAUGAAAAAUUUUCAUUCUUAUAAUGAUGGUAUGACAAUAGGGAAAUUAUAUUAAUUUUUCGCCCCGCAAUUCUAAUAUUUCAUUAUUUAUUUGGCAUUUACACCAUUCAUUGACAAUUUGUGAAGUAAUUCAUAAUGGGACGGUUCAUUGUAUGAUUUUUCAACGAGUGAAAUUCUCAGUGUAAAUUGAAUAUGAAAGAAACGCCAAAAUGUGUUUAAUUUUUCGACUAGAAAAUGCCCGCGAAUCCAUUGGACUUCCAUAAUUUAUUCGCUCGACUGCUAGCCAUCACAUGAUAACACGCUGUACUUCAAUUUCACGCAAUUUAUUUAUCUCAGAAAUAGUGAUUGACACAUAUUUGAUUAUGACACACGGAAAUCGUUGAAAUACGCCGAAAAGUUAAAUGUCAAUGUGGGGUAAUGGGGUUUUGGGGGGAAAAUUGCAUCACUGAGCUGUGAACCAAGUGAUGUUGACAAUUGUCAUGAAAAUCUUGUGCUCUAAAGUCAUGAAUCGGUGAAUUUUUUAGUAAAUUUUUCACUUAUCAAAUGAUUCGAUUGAUUGACACUCAAUGGACUAAUUCCGGUAAAUUCUGAUAUAUGUAUUUGUCUUCCGGCCGCUAGACCAUGAGACUUCACUUAAAUUUCCUGAGAAACUUCUAAGAAAUUUGGCCACUCUUGCCCUCAAAACAACUUUACAAAAAAAUUCUUAAUUUUGAAUAUUAUUUCAUUAAAAAAUUCCGAUGAUAAUGAAAGUGAGAUGAAAAAUUACGAUUCUGAGUAUACUUUGAAUUUUUUGACAGUUGUCAACCUUUUGAUACCACAAAGGGCUCUUAUGAGGUCCUUUCAAUCACAUUAACUCCCUGUUAUGGAAAAUUAAACUCCAUUUUUCACGGUAUAAAAUCCGAAUUGACUUGAUUCAGAGCUCGAUGAAUAAAACUCAUAAAAUUAUCAUUCUAAACCCGACAAAAGAGCUAGACCCUUCGAAAAACCAAUCGCUGUAUCGUGAAUAAAUGAACCGAGUAGGCAUUCCAAAACAUAAAAUGAUAACCUAAUUUUCCUUAAAAAAAUACUGAGAAAAAUCUUUCUAGAGAAAUCAAUAAACGAGAGGAAAAAAUAACCCAAAAAUAGAAACAAUUAAAUUCGUCGCUGACGCCUAGCAUAAAUAAACAAGAGGAAAAAUGCACUAAAGACUAGGGUUUAAUCAGGCUGGCAUAGAGUCUAACGAGAAAUUAAUAAAAAUCCAUGAAAAACGAGAAAAAAACACUAGUGCCGGUGCCGUUGCACAUCCCUUAUUGGCAAGAAAACUUUUCUCUCCGGAUAAUUUACAACAAAAGUAGAAAAAUAAUGAUUGACCCUCAUGGACCUUCAUUUCUUCUCAUCAACAAGCAUAUCAGCGCAAAAUUUCUAGCGGCAAAAUCCCCCAAUUUUUGUAAACAAUUCCAUAUGAAUUAAACAAUUGUAUUCGAAUUCAUCGCGUGAAUGUGCAAUAGGGAAUGUUCGAAUGGCACCUCACGAGACACGAGAGGUGUGUGACAACGUGUGCGACCGCUCGUGGAUCGAGCUGACCGCUUUCAAGUGAUAUAUUUAGAUAUUAAAUGGAUAAAAAAAACGAUUCAGAACUAAAAACCAAAAAAUAUUGAAUUUAAUGUAACCAUUAACCAGGAAAAAAAAAUUAAAGUUUGUUAUAAUUGAAGUUUUCAAUAAUUUGAGCCACAUUGAAUGAUAAGUAUUACUUAUAAAUAAUAAGUAAAUUUAAACAUAUACCUAGAACAUAUAGAUAUACUAUAUAUAUAUAUGUAUGAUGGUAAUGUACAUAUAAAUAUGUAUAUAGUAUAAAACAACGUCGAACGGUGGAGAUGAUGAACGUUAAAUAAUCGCUCACACUAAAGGAUGAAGAGGAAAUAUUAAUUAUUAAUUAAUAAUGACAAAUGAAAAUCAUUCAUUACCAGAGUAAAUGGAGGGAAUAUACUAUUGUUACCAUGUACAUGAAUGAAUUUGACUAUGAUUAAGCUACUCAGUAGGCUUAGAAAAACCAAAAAUGAUGAAAAUGAUUAGUAUGAGACAAAAAUAAAAAUUAUUUAAAAAAUUUGUAUAAGGGCUGCACGUGGUGUGGACUCUCGCGCUACUCUAGCCAAAUCGGAAUUCGUUUCAUUAAUUAUUAAUUACUUCAUCGAGAAAAAAAACUUAUUUAUAUAGUGUUGAGCACUGUUUUAAGUGCUUUUCAUUUUUUGGCUGUGUGAAGCUUCAAACUAAAUAACUGAAAAAAAUAAAUGAAGGAAAAAAUACAAAAAAAAUAAUUAUCGAUUAUUAUUGGCUUUGCAUAAAAUCCAUUCUCAAAAUUUCUCCGAAAAAUAAGGCAAAAAUGAUGAUAAUUAACAAAAAGAAAACGUGUUUUAGGUAACGGUAUUAGAAAAAAAGUAUUUUAAAACUAAACGAAUCAAUAAAUUAUCAGAAAAAUCUUCGUAGUGAAGUGAUCGAGAAACGAGAAAUUUUAAAAUUUCAAUGAUAAAAAUAAAGUAAAUAAAAAAUUUAACAAAACGAAUAUCAGCGCUGUAAUUUCUUCAAUAUGUUAUAAUUAUUCCGCAUCUCCGUUUGUACGCAUUUUAGAAGAAAAAUAUUUGAUAAAAAAAAAUGAAAAAAUGCAAGAGAAUAACUUCAGAUCUACUAUGUAACUCUGACAUAACGGUACUAGCUCAGAUAAACAUCCUGCCGAGUUGCCCCGGGUUAUGCUAAGCGCCACCUGGCCCGUAUACAUUAUUUUAAACAAAAUGAUGAAAAAAAAAUAACACUAAUAAACCACCAUUGAAUAAUUAAAAUAAAAUGAAAUGAAGAAGAAUUACAUUAAGCAUCACGCUCAUCAUUAUAGUAAAUGGGAUACGAUAAUUAAUACAUAGCUCUAUUUUUUCGCCCGACGAAAUAAUAAUAAUCUAUAUGUAAAAAGGCUAAUUUUUUAAGAACAUCAAGCUAAAACUGAAUUUCCAUCUCUGGCAGCAAUGAAUGCUUUUGUAAAUACCUGGUUAUUAUUAUAAACUAUUUUAAAGGGUAGAAAUGAUGGAAAUACUCAUGAAAUAAAAACUGGCACCAGAACGAAGUUACCGAAUUACGAUGGAUUUCAUCACGAGAAAAUGAUUUUAAAAAACACACAAAGUAAAAAAAUAAUAAUAAUAAUAAAGAAACAAAAAAGUCGGUCGAUCGAAUUUUAAUAUUCCGUGAAUUUUGAAGUAAAAAUUUUAUGAUAAUGAAUAUUGAUAAUUGUAAUUCCCACGACCGAGCCACGAUGAGAAAAUUGAAUAAAUUAAUGGAAAUAAAAUAAUGAAUCAAUUUUAAGCAUCGUUUGCGGAAUAAAUUUGGGUAUUCAGUGCCUUGCAGGGAGUCAUUGCAAUUUAACAUUAAUUAGUGUCACUUGGGUCUUCCAUCGACUUAUCUGUCGAUUCCAUGAGCAAGUCACUGUUCUCCCUUGUUUAUAAUUCCGCAGUCAUGCCCAAGGUCUUCGCUUCCUUUCAUUAAAAAAAAAACGUAAACAAUUUUAAAAAAAGUAAAGUCUCUUCAGUACCACAUGAUAAGUCAGAUGAAUUUGCACACUUUCAUUUUCAAACGCAUAGUCAUAUUUUCUAUUUGCGAUGAUAGAGGUGGAGAUGAUAAGAGUUCUAUCGAUGGAAGCGAUUGCCAAUAGGACGAUGGCUCGUCGUGAGGCCAGCCCGGGCUCCCUUAUAAUAAAUUACCAAAGAGAAAAUCCAAUUAGAAAUGCAAAAAAAAAAAUGGACGAUUAUGUGAUAAGUGUCUUAAAAAUUUGGGUUCACUGCUGAUUAACAAAAACCAACUCAUCUUAAUUUUUACUAUUUUUUCAAUACUCGAAUAAAUUACUGAAAAUAUUUACUUGAACCGGGUACCAAGGCACUCAGGGCAAUGAUAUUAUUAUGCUAUUUGUUUACCCAAUAAUCUAGCAUUAAAUUAUGUUGAAAAACGUCGAGGAUAAAUAAUGGAACGAUGAGACACCGAGAUAACAACAAAAAUUACCAAAAUUCAAUGCAUAUUUUCAAGUACAGAAAUAGAAUUUACUGUAUAAUAAAUGUAUCCCCUAUUCAGGUGAUACAUAUAACCUACAUAAAAAAAUACCUAUAUAAAUUCAUAAGGUACUUGUUUUCCCAUUCAUGAGUACCUCGUGCGUGGGCAUGUCCUGUCAGUAUUAAAAUGAAAAUCCCCAUAUUAAAAAAAACGUAUGGAAUCAAUAUAGGAGUAAAUAUCGUAAAAGAAUGGUAAAAAAAUACUUCGGAACGUAGUUUGUAUCUAUAAGAUUGAAAUAAUCGUACGAACCCAUCGUCGAAUGACCCAAGAGUGCAAAGAAACUGAGGAAAAAGACGAGUAAUAAUUUCCAACAAUUCUUUCGAACUACCUAACUACCUACAACAUUCAUUCCGCUUUGAUUUUGUUUUACUUUUUAUUAUUCAAGGCGCAAAGUCGCUGUAAAUAGAUUUAAAUAAACAAUAAAUGGAGCUGUUGGGACAUACCCGCGUGUUAGAGUUAAUGUAUAUAGAAUGAAUAAAGAAGGCAAACCAAGAAUUUAAAAUAAUAAAAAAAACAAUUACUGUAGUAAAUGGGAGCCCGUUUGACGUUGAAAGUAACCAAUGAGAGCGAGAAAGUGAAUGCGUGAAGUGAAAGAGAGCGAGAGAGAGAGAGAGAUGAACGAAUGAUCAAGAGAUUCUGCUUAAAAGUGAAUUUAAUGAAGCAGUAUCGAGCAUUUCCAAUAAUACCGACACCAAUAAAUACUCCUAAAGAUGAAAAUUAAACGUAAAAAUUGACUAAAUGUUAUUUAAAGAGAUGAGAAAACAUUGCAUACAUAGUGAGCAUGCAUUAUCAUUAUCAACUAAAAAACCGUAAAGUGGAAAAUAUAAAAAUUCGGAAAACAAAAACACUACUCUCUAUGACUAAUUGAGAUAUCAGUUUAAAAAAGGAAAUUAUUACUACUUAUUAAUUACUAAUUAGCAAGAUACCUUAAGGGUCAGUCAUAAUGGUAAACCAUAUAGUCUAUUUGUUAAUGUUUCAGAUAUUUUAUUAAAUGUUGAUAUAAUGUAUUGACGACAUUCCUUGUUUGUGGCAAAUCUCCCUCGCAUUAAAAAAAAUGAACUUAGAAGAAUCUUUACCUCCCCCCAAAAACAAUGCUCCACCUGUCUAAGCUGAUAAUCGUAAACGAGAAGAAACUGAAUUAAUUGAUCGGUCAAUAAAUUCAUUAAUCGUACCCCUAAAUGAAAAAUCAAUAAGAGAUAUUUAACAAAAUCUAAUGCCUUCGUACAAUCGAAGCUGGCAAUCUGCGCCGUGUUUGCGCCAAAAAAAAUAGAAUUUAAAUUCGUAAAACAAAUAUUAAAACUGAUUUUAUUAUGAAAAAAAUACAUCGCCGUUACGCUUGUCAACGACUAUUAUCGGAGAAGAAACAACAAAUUUAUAUUAAUUUAAUAUGAGUAAUAAUAAAUCGUGGCAAAUUGACUGACCGAGCGACCACCCAGCGACGUUUUAACGUCGUAAAAAAGAAUUUAUAUAAUUCUAGGGUUAAAAAAAACAUUUUUAUUGUAAAACACGAAAUGAAAAAUAUUUAUAUUGUGCGAAUACACGAUAUGCUGUGCGAAUUUAACGAAAGCUAUUGUUCUUAUUUUCCUUUCUCAAUUUAUUAUCUCAAUUACUCUUCCCCCCCCCCCUUUUUUUUCAUUGUCAAAUAUUUCCACACGUUUGUACCUAUCGAUCAAGUGGAAAUACACACUAAAUAAGUGGCUCGUACAGGUUGCAAUGUUUUUUAUCCACAAUGAGUAUGUUAUUUCUAAAAAAAAAAUUGAGGGUUAUCAUUCAGGGUCAAUUUAACAUGGGGCAUCGCAAAUCGUAAUCUCACACUAUACGAGGACAAUAUAUGUAAUAACAUAACUGUACCAGCGCGAGAAAAAUUUUGUGAAUAUUGAUGAAAAUGGCAAUGAUUGAAUCGAUAAGAAAAUUAAUGUCAAGAAUUCAUUCAACCUGUCAACAUUGCACAAAAAUAAAUAAAAAAAAAAUGCAGCAAUUGUAUCGUGUGAAAGUCUUAACUCCCCUGUUCAGUGUUGCCCGAACCAAAGUAUUAAUUCAAUUAAUAAAAAUUUUCAAAUGAAAUAUACAAGAGAUGACGUGAAAAUAGGAGUUGACAUGCGCUUAAACAAAUAAUCAUUAUAAAAUAGACGUUCUUCUGCAAUCACCAACGGAAAAUAAUUAAUUUAAACGAUAAAGAAAUGAAAUAAAAAAUUAUAAUAACGUAAAUGUGAACAAAAAAAAAUAUAUAACUGUCGCGAGUGCAUCGACGAUUUGUAAUAUUUUAUAAAUAAAAUUGGCAUAUCAAUUUUUAAUCGAAGAAUUUCACUCUGAAAAAAUAAAUGAAAUGAAAAUAAAGCGAAAAAUAAUGGAUAUGAAAUGAAUAAAUUGUCAUUCUCAUAAAAUGCUCUGCUGGUUUGGAGCUGUAGUCAUAUCGUUAGAGCAUAAGUCUGUAUGUGACGAUGUUAAUUAUUGUAAGAUAAACAUGAAAAAAAAUUAAUAAGUAGGAGCGUAUCAAACUAUUUGUCUGGUAUUACUGGGCAUGCUUCAAUAGAUUUUUUAUAAACAAGGUUCGUUCGACAAGAUGAAAAAAAAAACAAAAAAAAAAUAAUGAAGAAAAUUUCUUUCUCAUAAUUUUUUCAGAUAAGAAAAUAAAACAUUUGUUUGCAACGAAUUUUACAACUCGAUGAAAAAAAAAAACAAAAGCAAAGAACAAAUGAAGGAUGUGAAAUGAGAGAAAAAAUAAUAACAAUCGCACCUCGACGAAUCUUAUCCUAAUUUAUCACCUAUGCAAAAAAAGAAGAUUUAAAAAAAAAAUAAAAAAUAAUAAUAACGUGUUUUGGGCCCUUCCGUCCAAUUCGCCAUGUACCACUGUCAUUAUUUAUUUAAUUUUGCAACUUACGUACAAUAAAAUUGUUAUUGCUGAAAUAA